UGGAUGGCGAAGAAAAAUCUUUCGGAUGCAGGCCACCGUGCUGCCGGACGUCACUUCCGUGCGCCGCACUCGACGUCAGUGUCAGGCGCUUACAGCGGCGGUGCGGCUUAGUAUUAAAGUUUGGCCUCGGUUGGCUUUUGCGAGCUAUGGAAAGUGACUUUUAUCUGCGUUACUACGUGGGUCACAAGGGCAAGUUCGGCCACGAAUUCCUGGAGUUCGAGUUCCGACCCGACGGGAAAUUGAGAUAUGCCAACAACAGCAAUUACAAAAAUGAUGUCAUGAUCAGAAAAGAGGCUUAUGUGCAUAAAAGUGUGAUGGAAGAACUGAAGAGAAUAAUUGAUGACAGUGAAAUUACCAAAGAGGAUGAUGCUUUGUGGCCCCCUCCUGACCGAGUUGGCCGGCAGGAGCUUGAAAUCGUCAUUGGAGAUGAACACAUUUCUUUCACAACCUCAAAAAUAGGUUCCCUCAUUGAUGUUAAUCAGUCCAAGGAUCCAGAAGGCUUACGGGUAUUUUAUUAUCUUGUGCAGGACCUGAAGUGUUUGGUCUUCAGUCUUAUUGGAUUACACUUCAAGAUUAAGCCAAUCUAGAUUGAAUAUUGGUGUGGACCUGAGGGGGUUGGGAGUAGUUGUUUUUAAUUCCCAUUAUCAGGAACUUUUUGUGUAUAUCAGGGCAAUAUUUUUUAUAAACUGUAAAUGAUUGUCUUUAAUAAAUAUGAUAAAACCCAAUUUUUAUUAUUUUAUAAAUACUUGAAUAAGUGUUAUUUGAAGAGCCAUGUGAACUCUUCCUCGGUUACUUUUUAAAACACUAACAGCUCUAGUGGUGCAGUGGUUAAGAGCUUGGCUGCUAACCAAAAGUUCAGCAGUUCAAGUCCACCAGCCACUCCUUGGAAACUCUAUGGAGCAGUUAAACUCUGUCCCUAAAGGGUUGCUAUGAGUUGGAAUCAACUCGAUGGCAAUGGGUAAUGCCCUAAGUAUUACUGCCCCCAAAAUACAUGUAACCAACCGUCUAGAUUACAGGAGAUGAGAAUAGAGAAACAUGUUUUUUAAAAAGCAUGAAAAUGCAAUCAGCAAUAUCUAGAGGAAACUCUAGGACAUAGUUUCUUCAAUAGAUAAACUGCAAGGGAAGCAGAAAUGGAGUGGGAAUCUGUAGAUAAAAAGAUGUUUGGGAAACACAUUAAUCAAGACUAUGUUUAAACCCUAUUUGGAUCAUGUCUUGAAAAGAACUGUAAAAUUGACACCAGUAAGGAAAUGCGAAGACUGGAUAUUUACGUGUGAAGUGCUAUGGUGCUUUAAUCAUCUUUUAGAGGUACAUAUGUAGCUGUUUUAGUACGGAGGGAAAAUGUGGUUUGAUAUAACUAUUAAUAAGAGAAAAUGCCAGUCUCAGUUUUCCAGUAAUCCAUUUUAAAUUCAGAAUACCAACACUCAUUAAGAGCUGAGACUAAGUUGGUACAGAUAAUAUUGGGAAUUGGCUCAGCAGGUAGAUCUGUGUUCUUUUUCCUGAUACACUGCAUGUUUUAGUGAGGCACAUUGCUGGGUGAACAGAUCGUGGGCCUGAAUGGGACUGCUAAGCCUCUUUUGACUGAACGGAGGUGAUUAGUCUAAGUUCACACCUGUCAAAACAGGCCAACUUGGGACAAGGCCCCAGAUGACUCCCUGGACAGUGUUUUUCCACUCCACUGUCUCCUUCAAAGAUUGGGAGGCAAGUGGGUGGUGGAGCUGAGACCUGAGAUCUCCCUCCGGCCGGUGCACCUCCUGCUAUAGGUAAACAAGGUACUUGGGCCAAAGAGGCAAGUUGGUGGUAAAGUAGACAGAAAAACAGGCACUCCGGAUUUUAAAGAAGUAACGAUAAGGGCCUCAAAAAAGCUGUAGGAGUCUAAAAGGGGCUGUUGGCUUGUAACGCGAACACCCACAGCUCCUGUAUACUUUGAAGUGCCCUGAACAAGAAAACAGGUAAAAGAAAAACCAAAAAAAAAAAAAAACCCAGUGCCG